GUCCACUCAUUCGCUUUUGUCAUCUACAUCUCCAUCCCAGGGUUGCUUCAUGAUAGCAGAGUGACCACCCCCAGCUCGCAGACCACUUAAAACACUACUCGGUCUAUCCUACAACUGCCACAUUGUUGAAAACAACCCCCAACUGUCCUGUUCAUCCCAAACAUAAUGCCCCCCCGCAAAUCAGCCAGAUUUUAUAAGCUCAUCGAGAGCUUCCAGCUCCCCUCCCCUCCCUCCCUCUCCACGCCCAUGCACAUCUCCUCCUCUCAAUCGUCCCCGUCCCUCCUGUCUUACUCAAAUUCACCAACAUCACCGUCCUCUUUGCUCCUCACUCCCUCGCCCACCUCCGAGCGGGGACCCAUCAUCAUUGUCCCCUCCGGCUUUGAGCAUAAGAGUUCUGGGGAGCAACAGCGUGAGAAGGAUGAGGAGAUGACUUGUCCCGGGGCGCCGAGAUUGAAAUAUAUUGAUUUGCCGGACUACUAGAAACGAUUGUUUGUCAUCAGACCACGAUAACUCAACCGAUAGAUGGCCAGGUCUCGGCGGAGAGCUGAGGUUCCGUGUGGCAUGUCAAGUGUACGAGAGGAAGAAGAAAAGUUGUAGCUUGGCCAUUAGCAUUGUAGCUCAACAUGUAUAUAUGUAUCGUCAUUG